ACCGUGACCCCAAAUUUGCGCAUGCGCCUUAUGAAUGUUCUCAUGGAUUUUCAGCAGUUGUCCAAAUUCUGUCUAUAAUCUUAUUCUUCGCGUACUGUUAAUUGUGUAUACUGCAAAACAUCGUCUCCUUUUGUACAUAGCUAGAUCAGUUACUUUGUAAAUAUAAUUAAUCUGGUUUUGUUUUUUUUUUACAUUUAUUUUCAUCAGUUUAGAUCUAGAACUAGAUCUAUCUAGUCUAGAUAUCUAGGGAUUUCUAGAUUUAGAAAGAUAUUGUUCCAACCCGAGACUAUUUUUUUUUCGCUGUGAAAACAGACAGGCCAAGGUCUUCAAUUCUGUAUCAACAGAUCUAUUCUUGUGGAGAUGUCUGAAAAGACAGAUGUUGAUCAAGAGCAUGAAGAUAAUGUUGCGUUACCAGGUGAAUUACCUGAACAUCAAUACUCCAAGGAGGAGCUUUACAUUUUAUCAAAAAGUCCUGCAUCUCUUCAUCGACCUAAGUGCCUAGAGAAAGCUUAUGAUUCUGAGGAUGGAAAAUGGGAUCCAGAUAAAUGGUAUAAAGCCAAGUUUGGGCAGUCUCGUGAAGCUUCUCCACUUACUUUGGUUGACAGUAAAGAUCGUAGAAGAGGCAUUGACUUGGAAAGGGAUAUUAAAAGAAGACCUUCGUUGAAUGAUCCAAUAGAAAGACUAAAAGAAGAAAGAGAUGGCAUUGUCCUUAGUCCUCAGCGACGAAGCUUUGGCACUGGUUGUCAUGUACAAACACAAGUGUCAUAUACGCGUCAAAUCAGUAUGCCAGAAAGAGACAGAGAUGACACCAAAAUAGAACGUGAAAGAGAACGUGAAAGAGACCGAGAAAGAAUUUACACUUGUAUUUAUUAUAAUAGGGACAGACCAGUAAGAAGAAUAGGAAGUGGUCGCAUUCAGAUAGAUAGAGAAAACACUAGAGAUUUCUCUGGUCUUCGAGAUAGAUUUGAUGACAGGGAAGUCAGAGAGAGAGAUACUAGAGAUAGAGACUUUGUGUGGAACCGGGACAGAGAUCGUGAUAGAGAAUGGGACAGAGACACAAGAGAAAGAGAUCGAGACAAUGAUUGGGACCGAGAAAAAGAAAGGAGAUUUGAUCGUUCAGAUCGGUUUCGCAGAAUAGGCGAUAGAGAUUUCCCAGAGAGAGAGCGGAGAGACAGAGAUUUUAGAGACAGAGACCGAGGUUUUGAGCGUACAACUCGUAGAAGAAAUUAUAAAGAUGAAGAAAAAGAGCCAGAAUGGUUUACUGGUGGUCCUACUAGUCAAACUGAUACAAUAGAACUGAGAGGUUUUGAACGAGAAGGUGAACAGGACCAUGAAGAAGCAAAUUCUCAAAAAUCUGAGACCAUUUCUAAGAUCAAUAAUGUAAAGCGAAAAACAGAAGAUAAAUUAAUUAAAGAUUCAUCUGAAGAAUGUGUUGAAAAAGGGAAAGUGUCACAAUGUAAUUCCCCUAAAGAGGUUCAUUCAGUGCAUCACUCAAACAACCACGAGAAAUCUGCCGAAGGAAUACAUUCAAAUAUACAGCAGGAAAUGUCUCGGUCCUCUCCAAAUAGUCACAAGUUUGACAUUGAACAAAUACUUCAAGCUGAUUUACCACUGGGCGAAGAGACUAUUCCUCAUGGUAGCAGAUUUUCACGUUUUUUUACUGGUCCAAAUAUUAUGGGUAGUGAUGCAUCUUCAAUGGAAGACAUGCUAGUUCCACGAGAUCUUCUUGAGGACAACCAUUCAAGUCCUAGUGUGCCAUCACCUACUUCUAUGAUUGGUCCAAUGGGUGCGAUGCAUGGUUUUCUAGGACACACACAUCACGGUAUGCAUCAUUUCCACGACCAGCUGGCAGGGCACGACAAGGAGCAUUUAAUUUUAUCUCAUCUGAUGACAGUACCAAAUUCAGCAGGGGACAACAAUGCUGCUGUUGACAAAUCAUCAGCUCUCCCUCCAUCUGUGACAGCCUUAUUUAACAGCGCUGCCAUGGGAGGCUCCAAUGCCUGUAAGUGGAAGCCCCAUCUAGAUUGUAGUGUGGAAACUCUCGAAUCUAGCUACUUCAGCAACUCAGCAAUCUCAAGUAAUAACAGCUUUAGUACUCAAGAUGCUGAAGCUCAGCUUAAAGCUAUGCUGUUUGGAGGAUACAAAGACAGUGCAUCUUCAAGUGGUACAGCUUCACCUGCUAGCUUACCAGCUAGUGUUCAUCGAAAAGUGAAAACAGUUGCUGAACUAGAAGCUGAUAUGCAUCAAAGUUCUCCACAGAAAAGUGAAAGUCCACAAUAUACAAGUAACAUGGAGAAUAUCAAACAAGGUUCAAGUAGUGAUAUGACAGCCUUUAAUAAACUGCUUAUCAUGAUCAAUGCAGCUUCAGAAGCUAAUCAAAAUGCCGCCCCUGAACCAUCAAUGAACUUUUCUGGUUAUGGCAUGGUUCCUAGUCACAGUGAAUUUAACCAUGCAAUGUUAAGAAACAAAGAAGAGCAAAUGCAGCUACUGCAGCGAUCCCUACAAAGCGCUCAGGUCCAACAACCUCCUCAGUUUCCUUCUCACCAUCACCAUCAGCAGGUACCCCCACCCUUGCCACCACAACAGCAAUCAACUUCUCAGAUCAUUGCUCAGCAACAAGCUCAUUCAGUUGCUCUUCAACAACUUCAAAAGCAACAGCUCCAAAUGCAUGCGAUGCAACAAGUUAAACAUUUGGGAAUGCUUCAUAAACCACCCAGCACACCUGGCAUUCCACAAGCUAUGUCAACACCACAUAACAAUUCAGCUGUAAAGCCUAGGGCACAGAGUGGUGGACCAACAUGUUCAUCAGAUCCAAUCUUCAACUUAAUCCAGCAGAAUCCAACCAUUGUAAUGAAACCUGCAUCACCAGCACCUACCUUAGCAGCACUAAUACAGUCACAACAAUCAGCAGUACCUCCUACAGCUAGAGUUCCUUCUCCUCUUAUGUUCAGUCAACAACCACCAUUGCAUCUUAGUGCACCAUCACCAAUUCAUCCUGGCCAGCUUAGUCCAAGGUCAUUAACUGUAGCUGGAAAUACAAUGUCUUCACCAAGUGGACUACAUUCUCCUGUGUUACCCAGAGUAUUAAGUCCUCAAGAAUUGUCAGCUCAUGCCCAAGCUGUCAUGCAAAGUGCUCUUAUUAAAAAACAGCUGCAGGAUCAAAAUGAGCGUUAUUUAAAGAAACAACAAGAAAGAGCUAGGUCACCUAAUCAACUUAAUUUUGUAAAACCACAACCAGCUGCUCAUCCAGUACUCCCACCAACCCCUCAGUCCAAGUGGAUGAAAUUUCAGGGUGCUACGGUAGACACAUUUACACCAACUUCAGUGUUGCUUAAAAUGCAUUCUGACAAAGCUAUUGAAAAGGAGAAGCAUGCGCUAGAAAUUAAACCAGACUUAGAAACUGAUAAACCAAGCAUUACUGAAUAUAUGCCAUCAAUGCAUGAUUUAAAUGCAGCAGGCCAAAAUGAUAUUAUUGACAUGAACACAGUUGAAGAGGUUUCACAUAAAUCUGAUGCUAAACUUGCUGGGGACCUUAGUGAUAUCAGCUUCUUGGAUCCAGUUAACCCUAAUCUUGUAGCCAUGUCCAACCAACUUGAAAAUAUGAGAAUUGGACAAACAAACAUAUUACCUGGCACUCUCUCUCAGCCAAUGUCAGUUGAAGAGAAGCUUAAACUGUCAGCUUUGGCAGAGAAACCAGGAUACCUUUCUCUGAUGCUUGACAAAGCUAGAGCUGGACAAGGAAUAGGACAAGGAAGGCCUAUAGUAAAAGCAUCACAAGAAAUUUCUCCUGAAGAAAGAUCCCUUUUGCAACACCAGAAUGUGCAUGGCCUACAGCCACAGAUAUUUAUGCAGCAGCCUCCUUCAGUAACAAACCCAGUUGGUAGACCAGUGACUGGAAGUGGGUCUAAAAUACUACAGUCUUCAAUGAAUUCUAUAACCAUUCAAACUUCUACAGCACCCCCUUCCAGCUUACAACAAAAUAACAUGCCUGGUAAACAAGUAUCUGGAAGGGCUAUAGUUGGAGGGAGUUGUAUUCAACAAAUGGCUGGAGGUGCUUCAAAUAAUUCUGCACAAACUUUGGAAUUGAUGCGCAUGCUAGAGCAGCAACAAUUGCAACAUUUGCAGAGACGACAAGUGACUCAAAGUAUGGGUAUUCCUCCACCACCAAUGGGCACACCAAUUUCUCAUUUGGGUCCUCCUCCUGUAGGGGUACAUAUGACUGGUCAUUUUCCAGUAGUUGCUUCACCAGUUCAUCCAGCUACUAAUGCAAUGAUGAUGAAUCAUCAGUUUGCUAGAGCUAAUGCAAUAAAUGUUCAGCAACGUAAUCAGCAGAUAUCUCAAUUUAUGGCAAUGCAGCAGACAAAAACAACCCCACAACAUAGAAUUGUAAAUCCCAUGCAUUCAGUUGUGCAUGGAGCACCCAUUAGUCCUCACAAUCAGGCUGGACCACUGUCACCAGCUGCUCUAACUGCAACAAUUCAAAGAGUUGCAUCACCACAUGGAAUGAAAAUGAAUGGUCCUAUGCCAUCCAGUACUAACAUAAAUGGAAGUGGCAAAGGUGAUGUUGGUGGCAUUCAGCGUUGGUUUGGCUCAGAUAUUCUAAAGACACAGCUUUCCAGUAUGCCCCCCCUACCUACCCAAGGAAGCCAUGUAAUGACUGUGGAUGAAUUGGAGAGGAAUUAGAAUUAAGAUGUGGUGUAAUGUGGGAAUACAUUUGAGGAAGUAAAUUGUUUUAGUUUAUUAUUGUGUAAUGUAUUGUUUAAUCGGUGAAAACUCAUAAUUCAAACACAAUAUAAAUUUGAAAAGUUCUAAUGGAUCUAAUCAUCAUAUUCAUUCCUCUUUGCACUAUUAAAAAUAAGUGUAAGGUUUCUGGUAAAGACAGACCAGGCACAAACUGUCAGUUCCUGGAGCUGCUGAACUCCAUAUAGUAAUGAGAUAUUUUAGUUUGUAAAUAGUGUUUGUUUCCAAAAUGUUUGCAAUUUUUUGUUGAUCUUGUUAAGAUUUGUUGAGCAGAUUGUUAAUAUUUUUGAAAUUUGAACUACAUGUAUAUAAUGUGUGUGUGUGUAUAUAUAUAUAUAUAUAUAUAUAUAUAUAUAUAUAUAUAUAUAUAUAAUACACUUUUUAAAAUGUUUUUAUUUACCCCUCCUAUAAAUAAAAUUGGCUUUUGGUUGUUGUGUUGUUUAAUUCACUAAUGAGGGCGUUGUAUUUUAAUUACUUAAACCUUUUCAUAAAUUAACUUGAGGUUGCAGCACACCUCUUGCAAAGUGCAUAUUAACUAUAUCAAAAAAAUUAAUUUAAAGCUUCUUUUUAAGCAUGCAUGUUGAGGGUUACAGCACACCCUAUCAAAGUGUUAGGUGUUUUUGGCACACACUAUACAAAGUGCCAAAUUGCUGUUGAUCUAUGAGUAUGAAUGAUGUAGGAAUGAAACAGGCUGAUUCUUACCUACUUGUAUAGCUUUUUAGUGUUAAUCAAUCUAAAAAAUACUAGCAAUAACUAUCUCCUAGAGUGAACAUGUCUGUAUUGAAUCAGUGUAACCAUAGAAUGAAUACUGAAUUGAACAGCCUUUUUUUUAAUUAUAGCACAUACUUAUUAAUGAUAGCUGCAUAUUUUUUUUUAAAAGAUCCAUAUUUAAAUGAAUGCAUGAUUUCAACAAUGUAUAACUGUAAAUAGGUGUUUCCUGUAAAUAUAGUAAAUAAUAGAACUUGGUAGCUUUUUACAUAAAGUUAGCUGUUAUCUGUUCAAAGUGUUAAUUUAAAAAAAAUUAAAAUUGUAUUAUCUCUAUAGAUUAUAAACAUCAACCAGAAUUACUCUCAAAAGUGCUAGUUUCAUAAUUUUUCAUUUAGCUGCCAUUAAAUCUAAAGAUUCCAUUGAAUUUGUUAUUCAUUUUAUUACAUUUUUUUCAUCAUGUACAUAUAAAAAGCAGAUAGCGCCUUUCUUUACAUGUACAUAAUUUUCAUGACUAAAGUUGUUUUCACUGCCUGAUUUAAAAUAUAAUUUUCAUCAUUUACUAACUUAAUUCUUUUAAGUUAUCUAACCUUAAAGUUUUUCUUUCAAAUAUGUAUUUUAUUAUGUCAAGUUACUUAUAUUAUUGGUUGUAUAGAUAAUUUUUUCUCUUGUUACAGUUGUGAAAUAUUUGUCUAGAUGUCUAAAUACUAUUUAGGUAAUGGUUAUGUGAAUCAAUUUUGGCAUGUAGCUUUGUUUUUGUCGAUAUUGUUUCACUAAACAUACUUGUUUCAAUUUUUUGUGUGAGAUAAAACCCUAUUUCUCAGUUGUUGCAUUUCUAAUUUAGACCUUUGGUUGCAAUAAAAUCACAACCUGAGUUUAACUGACCAGUUAAAAAACUUAGUUAUGCAUAUAUUUUAUGAAGUUAACCUUCAAGGUUAUUACGAUGUUUAAAAAUGUACAUAUGUACAGUUGUUGUGCACAUGUGAGAAAGUUGGAUUUAAAUUUAUUUGCUAUUUUCAUUUCAACAAAUGAAUAUAUAGCCUUAUAUUUUCACAUGUAUUAAUUUUUUAUGAGCCUAAAAGUGUUUUUCUUAUUUUCCUGUUUUCUUUUAAAAUAAAUUGUCAUUUACAUUUUUGCUUUAUGAAAUUAUUUUUGUGUGGUGCAUAUAGAUUUUUUAAUAAGAAAAACAAACUUAAAAAUUGAAGGAUCAGGUUAAAAUAAGUAAGUUUUUUUUUAAGUGUCUUGAAUUUUAUUUUGCUCAAAGGUAUUUGAAUGUCAGCUUUUCUCAAACUAGAUAGGCCCUAUUUGUCACAUUGUGAUAAGAUGUAAGUACAUUUUUCUUAUCAUAUAUAUUGUUUCCAUUUUAACUUCCUUGUAAAGUUAGUCAAUCGAGAGCGAAGUCAAUUGAGAGCGAAGUAUUCAUUUUGUAAUUUUAAAAAUACUAAAUUCCUUAAAAUAUUUGCAGCAUAUAAUGAAAUGUAAAUGCUACCUAGAAAGUUAUUUACCUUGAAAAAGGUUAGAUGUGGCUUGAAUUACCAUUGGUACAGUUUACCCUCUCUCCUUUUCUAUACAUUCAUUAUCUGUUACAAUUUUUACUUUUUAUUCCCAGUAAUCCCAGGCCUAAAACCUGGUUAGAUCAGAAAUAAAAAACUUUUUAAAUUGUAUAUAGAAUUUUAAUUUAAAGACCGAAUUUGAAAUAAUUUUGCCACAAUUUACUAACAAUUUUCAAUGAUUGUGGAAAAGUUACAUUCCAUGAUCAUAAUUCAUUAACACAUUUGUUAUGGGGAGGGAUUAGAGGAAUUUAAAAAUCACUUUGCACUGAUUGAUUUGUACAAAACUUUAACCACUACCCAUAGACAUGAGUGUUGACAGUUAUUUCUUGUAUGUGAUUUGGAGUGUGAAAAUGAAAUCACCUCACUUUUUAUUUAUUGCUAUUUUAAUUAUAUAUUUCAACAUCUUUUGGAUGUUCCAAUUUGGAUUUUUUUUUAACUGAAAUAAAAGUUAAAAUUCACCUUUGUGGAUUUUUGUAAAAUUAUUAGUUUGAUUAAAAGCAUUCAUUAUCAAGACAAAGCAAACCAAUGAGAAUGUUUCAGCUCUUCAUUUGAGCUUAAGUAAAUGCAUGAGCUUUGAUUUUUUUUAAUUUUUUUUUUUGUGUUAAAAAUUAUCAAGUUUAUGCUGAUCAGUCUCUGGAGACAAAUCAAUUGGACAGGUUAGACAAUCAAAAUAUAUGAAAAACAAGAUUAUAUAAAGACCCUUAAGAAAUGAGCAUUUCCAUCCCUUUUUAGUACAGUGUAAAAAUAAGAUCAAUCACAAUAUUUUCUUUUGUAUAUUAUUAUCAAGGAUAUUUGAAUUGCUUUUUUUUUUUUAAUUAAAGGUCAUUUGUUUCUUGAGGUAUA